UCCUUUGAAUGAAGGAGGUGACUGACUGAGGUUUUCAGGAAAAAUGAAACUCUGUGCGGGGAGGAAGUUAGAAAGGACACUAACCCCACAGCGAACAGGACACAGCCAACUGACAGGAGACAUGGCCUCCAUCUCUGAACCCCUCAGGGAGUCUUUCUCCAUGGAGAAGCAUCUCUGCUGUACCAUCUGCAUGGAACCCUUCAAAAAACCAGUCACAACUUCCUGUGGUCACUCCUUCUGUCGGGGAUGCCUUAAAUUACACUUUAAAUAUUUGUCCACAAUGUGUCCCCUUUGUAAAACCCAUGUGAACAAAACCCCAGAGGUGAACAUUGUCCUCAGGGACAUUGUUGAACACAUGCAAGCUGUGCAAGCUGCAGAGCAGAAUAGGUUUACGGGUGCGCCGGAGGAAGUGCCCUGUGAUGUGUGCACGUCUUCAAAGAUGAAGGCGGUGAAGUCCUGCCUCUUGUGUCUCACCUCUUACUGCUCAGCUCACCUGCAGAGCCACUAUUCCCAGCGUCUGAAAGGCCACAGGCUGGUGCAGCCAAUCAGGGACUUGGAUGCACGAGCCUGUCUCAACCACGGACGGCCCUUUGAGCUCUACAGCAGGAAGCAGCAGGUGUGCAUCUGUGUUGCCUGUAUGAAGGAAGGCCAGGAGGACGUUGUCUCCACCGAGGACGAAUGGCACAAAAAGAAGGCUCAACUUCAAAGCACUAAAGCAGAGUUGGAACAGAAGAUUGCAAUGAGAAGAGCAAAGGUGGAUGAAGUUGAUGCAGCUCUCAAAGUUUGCAUGGACCAGUUGGAAACCGAGUUCUGUGAUGUGGAAGCCAUCUACACAAGUCUGUCUAAAAUCCUGGAGGCCGCCCAGGCAGCAAUGUUGAAGCCACUGAAAAAACGGAGGCACCUGCUGGAGAAAGAAGCAAAGGAGUUAAGGGAUGAGCUAGACUCAGAGAUCAACAAACUCCAGGUUGCAGUCUCUGAACUGGAAAACAUUUCAGCGCUUGAGGAUCACAUCCUUUUCCUUCAGAGAUACCCUUCACUCUCCAACCAGGAUGACAUGAAGGACUGGACGAAGGUGCAGCUCAACACAUCGCUUUCCUUCGGCUCCAUGAGAAAAACCACAGAGGCGCUGAUAGAAAAGUUUCAGCAGGAACUGGACCGACUGAGCUCCAUUGAACUCAAGAGACUUUCAACAUUAAGAGAGGACGUAAAGCUGGAUCCGAGCACCGCUCACAAACGCCUUGUUCUCUCUGAAGACGGGAAAGAAGUGUUAGACUCAGGAGAAGACCAGGAAAUUUCUAAUUCUCCCGGCAGGUUUGAUCUGUUCGGCAGCGUUCUGGGGCUCAACGCCUUCUCCUCCGGCAGGUCGUACUGGGAGGUGGAGGUCGGCAACAAGACAGGGUGGGAUCUGGGUGUGACAACAGGAGGUGCCAGCCGUAAAGGCAAACUCACGCUGAGUCCUGAAAAGGGCUACUGGGUUCUGGUUCAUUAUGAGGAGGAGAAGUAUGCGGCCAUGACGGCUGUGCCGCUUAGUCUGUUCCCGAAAGAAAAACCCACCAAAGUGGGUUUGUUUGUGGACUAUGAGGAAGGCCUGCUCUCCUUCUAUGAUGUGAGGGCUCAGUCUCAUAUCUACUCCUUCACUGGGUGCUCUUUCAAAGAGGAGCUUUACCCGUAUUUCAGUCCUCAUGUGAGAGUGGAGGAGAAAAACAACCAACCUUUGAUUAUUUGCAGUGAAAAACAUUGUGAAAAUGAAAUAGAUGUUGAAUGGAAGCAAUUGUGCUCCAUUUCUGUUGGUGAGGAUGAGACUGAGUGAGACUGAGGCACAUCCAUGACCAGAACAUGUUUCAGUAAAAAAGAGGCCUGGUUCCCGUAGAUAAACUUUACAUUAUCGUGGUUCCUCGCAAUAUUCUGGUUACCUUUCACAGUCUCGCUGUUUUGCUUAUUUUUACUCUCUCAAGGAUGUACUGUGUUCUUCAUCCUGAUUGGCUGUUGACAAUCUCCUGUAGAAAAUGUGGUCAGUUUGCCAAAUCUACGUAAUCUUCAAUUGCGAUCAAAUCUUUUUUUUUCAUUUU